AUGCCUUCUCCUGACCUCUCCGCGCUGUCCACGCCGCCCGCCUGCACGGCCGACUUCUGCCUCAUCCCGCUCGGCACCCCGACCGCCUCCGUGUCGCGCGAGGUAGCCGCGGUCCAGCGCCUGCUGCAGCGCUCCGGGCUCCACUACAGCAUGCACAGUGCAGGAACUACCUUGGAGGGCUCGUGGGACGACGUCAUGCGCGUCAUCGGUCAGGCGCACGCGCUGCUGCACCAGAACGGCGUCGUGCGCAUCCAGAGCGACAUCCGCGUCGGCUCGCGCACCGACAAGAAGCAGUCGUUCGAGGACAAGGUCGCCGCCGUCGAAAAGCUGCUCCAGGCCGACCACGCCGCCCAGGAGACGGCCGAGUAG